CAAAAAUACACGAAUGAUACCACCCCCUAAAUAUAAUCUUCUGUCCUCAGUACAUCCUGCUGCUGUUGAAGAACAGAGGGUGAAGUCACACACAUAGUCGGUACACCUAUCUGAGAAAUAUGGCUAGCGCUAACAAGAAUAUUGAAUUUGUGAGAACAGGUUAUGGGAAGAAUCAAGUUAAACUCCUGUAUAUCCAGCGGGAGAGGAAUCAACAUUAUAUAAUGGAGCUGAAAGCUAAUGUGCAGCUUACACUAAACUCCCGAAAAGAUUAUCUCUCUGGAGACAACUCGGACAUCAUCCCAACCGACACCAUCAAAAACACUGUCCAUGCCCUGGCCAAGCUAAAAGGAGUUAAAUCCAUUGAAGGCUUUGCGUUGGAAAUCUGCAACCAUUUCCUGACAGCAUUCAAACAUGUCACACGAGCAAAGGUCGACAUUGAGGAGGCCCCAUGGAAGAGAAUCGAAAAGAAUGCGGUUGAGCAUGCCCAUGCAUUCAUCUUCUCUCCGGAGUCUUGGCGUUUCUGUGAGGUUGAACAGUACCGAAAUGAGGCUGCAGUGAUCCACAGUGGAAUCAAAGACAUGAAGGUUCUGAAGACCACACAGUCGGGUUUCGAGGGCUUCCUGAAAGACCGCUUCACCACUCUGCAGGAAGUCAAGGACAGAGUCUUCUGUACUUCUGUCUACGCUAGGUGGCGAUACAACCAGUACAAGGAAGUAAACUUUGACAUGGCAUGGAAAACUGUAAAGGACAGCAUCAUUGAGAAGUUUGCUGGCCCUUUCACUCACGGGGAGUAUUCACCGUCUGUACAGAAGACACUCUAUGAUUCUCAGGUUCUUGUUCUUGAGAGGCUACCAGAGGUGGAGGAGAUUGAAAUCAUCAUGCCAAACCAGCACUACAUUACCAUCGACAUGACCAGAAUGGGUCUCGCCAAUAAUGACGAGGUCCUUCUACCACUCGAUAAUCCAGCAGGCAACAUUACCGGAACUGUACGCAGGAAACCACAAGCCAAACUGUGAAACAGCUGAGAAGAAAAAGAGAAUCCACAAACAAAGCUGUCUUAACAGACUUUAAUAAACUGCAAUAAAAACAAGUCAACAAAAAAAAGAACCCUAUGCAUUCAACUUUCACAAGUGGAUUUAUCAACAUAAAUAAAAAGGAACAAAUUUUUAAAAAGA